AUGAUCGCACACGCGGACAACGGCGGCCAUGGCCCACGGCAGCGACGCACACCACCCUCCCCGCGGCCCCUCCUCGCCGUCGCCGCGCUCCUCGUCUCGUCCAUCGCCGUCCUCCUCUACACCCUCACCGCAUUCGUCGCACUCCCCUCGCGCCUCGCCACAUCCCAGCAGUGCCGCAUGUCGAGGAUGUGGCCCGCCUACAUCGACCACACCGCCUCCCUCGAACCCUUCUCCUCCUCGGGCCUCUGGCGCAAGUACCGCCUCUACCUCUACCGCGAACGCACCGUCGACCCGCACGACAUCCCCACGGGCUCACCCGCCCUCUUCGUCCCGGGAAACGCAGGAUCCUACGGACAGAUCCGCAGCGUCGCAUCUAGCGCCGCGCACCAGUGGUACCAGCCGGCCACCGGAGGCAUGCGCCAGCCAGAGUGGCAGAACCUCGGCCUCCGCCACGCAAACACCGACUGGUGGACCGUCGACUUCAACGAGGACUUUUCCGCAUUCAGCGGCGCCACCCUCGUCCAGCAGGCCACAUUCCUCAACGAGGUCGUCGCCUACCUCCGCGACCGCUACCCUUCCCCGCCCACGCCCAACCGCGCGGCGGGCGAGCAGAACGUCUCCAUCCCGAUCCUCGCACACAGCAUGGGCGGCAUCGCGGCCAGGCUCAUGGCGACCUUGGACAACCACCCGCCCCACAGCAUCGACACCAUCGUCACCCUCAGCACCCCGCACGCCUACCCACCCGCCCCCUUUGACAAGGCCAUCGAGGGCGUGUACCGCGCAAUCAACCGGCCGCCGUCAUCCCCCGGCGGCAGCGCACGUCGGCCCCUUAUCGUCUCCAUCGCUGGCGGACUGCUCGACUCGCAGCUUCCCUCGGACCCGGCAUCGCUCUCCCUCGCCGCUCUUCAGCACCAGUCGCCCGAAGCGACGCGACUCUCCACCUUCACCUCGUCCCUGCCUUCGCUCUGGACCUCGGUCGACCACCUGGCCAUCAUGUGGUGCGACCAGGUGCGCGAAAAGAUCGCCAGGGGCUUCCUCCUCGACGCGGCCACGUUUGGCCGGCUGACAGACGAGCGCAGCGACCAGGAUGUGCCCCUCAAGCGACGCGAGCUGUGGCGCAGGGUCCUCGGCGUGGCGCAGCAGCAGGACGGCGGCAGCUUCUUGCACGAUGGCGGCCAACAAGAGGUCCACGUCGAUCGCAACGACUCGCCCGUCCUCAAGAUGGAGAGCGAGGGCAUGGACUCGGUGCUCAAGACGGACAGUCCCGGUGACACCAUCUACCACCGUCCAGCCUCGCGCGUCCGCCAAGACGGCAGCCAGGAGGCGCUCGCCUUUGAGCUCAUCACCAAUCUCUGCGUCGGGCCCAACCCGUCGGCCGGCACAGGCUCGCCCACGCAACAGCCCAUCGAGCUCAUCGUCCUCAUGUGCCGCCGCGGCGCGGAUCCGGGCAACCCGACCAAGAUCGGCAAGGCCGUCUGCGAGCCCGUGCUGCCGUGGAGAUGGCAGCUGAUGCCCCCGAGCGGCCUGCCCGACGCGCAGGGUCGCGAUAUCGCUACGGCGCGCGGUGGCAGCGCCGCUGCAUCCGGCUACCCGCUCCCCUUUCCCGACGCCCACCGGCUGUACCACGUCCCCGGCCAGGCGUUUCAGCGAUUGCGCAUCGACUCCAGGACGCUUCAGGAAAAGUCGAUCGAGUUUAUCCGCCUCGAGAGAAAGGCCGACGACGGCGUCGUGCAAAAGGAGCACGCGCGGCACUCGUUCACCCGCGCUGCGUGGGUCAGCGAGCUCGACGGGCGUGUGACGAGUCUCGGCGGAGUCGGACCGGGCACGAUCAGCCUCGGCGGCGUCGCCGCUCCUGGUUCCGGCGCGACCCAAGAGGCGCCGUUGGUGGCCGAAUGGAGCGUGCCAGGGAUGAGCGCCGCGCUGCUCGCCUACGACAUCGAGCUGGUGCCGUCCAAGUGCUUUCUCAAGGCCGUCGGACGCAACGUUGCCACGCUGGCCAGCCAACCGACUGGGUCCCAUCACACCUCGACGCCGGCGUUUGCGCCGCUGCUGCGCGUCUCUGACCCCGUGACGGGCGACUCGAGGUGGUACCCGAGCCUGAUUCCGCCGGCGCUGCUCGAGAGCUUGCGAGAUGCGCGCCACACGGUGCAGGGCGACGACUACACGAUCCGCUUGCCGCUCUCGCUCCACGGGGCCGCGCCCUUCAUGCCGCCUCCGCGGUCAAACGCGGUCCACGUCCAGCUGUGGACCGACCCGGCGCUGCUGCACCAGUCUGCGGGCAGCGGCGGGGAGCCGUGCGUGGCGGCGUUUGACGGCAUCAGGAUCGCCGUCAACUGGCGCAAUUCGGUCGGGCUGAUGGUGAUGCGGUACCGCUUCUUCGUGGUGGCCUGGCCGCUGGCGCUGCUGGCCUGCGUCGUGGCGCGCAUGUGGCACGACUGGACGACGGCGGCCAGGACGCAGGGGCUGGGCGACGCGGCCAUGUUUCCCUCGGUGCUCGACUACCUCACCAACCGCUGGACGGUCACGAGGCUGGUGCCCGGUACGCUCGCAGCGCUGGUGGGAGGCGACCUCCUGCAGCGCUUCGCCUACGCCGCUCUCGGCUGGGGCCGCGACAACACGACGAGCUGGACGGUGGGCGCGCUGAUCGGCAUGCCGCAGCCGGGGGCCGGUAUCAUGACGCUGCUGCUGCUCGCGUCGAUGGUGGUGGUGUCGUACCAGGUGCUCUUCUCGCUCGCGCUGGUGCUGCACCACGGCACCGGCGCGGUCGUCGUCGUGGCCAGGAAGCUGGGCCUGUCGCAUCGCAUCAGCUGGGGCCAGCCGCUGCCCUCGGCGGGCGGCCAGGGUCGACCGCGAUUCCGCCCGGCCUCGCUGGCAGGCCUGGCUACGCUGGCGUUGGCGACGCUGCUGGUGGUGCCGCACCAGUUUGUCUUUGUCGUCCUCUGCCUGCUCCAUGCUGGCAACACGGUGCGGUCCCGACUGGAUCUCGAGCAAGCGUCACGUCUUUCGCCGCAUGACUCAGCCUCUACGACGGCGGCGGGACGAGCGGGACGGCAAAGCAAGUCGAGCGAAGAAGACCAGCAGCGCGUCGACGACGACAACGGCAACGACGUCGACGGGCUCGAGGGCUACACCAUUCCCUCGUCCUCCUCCUCCUCCUCCUCCUCCUCCUCCUCGACGACGAGGACGGCGCUGAUGUCGCGGUACAACCAGCACCUGACGCUGCUCCUGGUUCUGCUUCUGCUACUGCCGCAGAAGGUGACGGUGCUGGUCGUCUGGGCGCGCAACCUGGCCGCCGUCGGGCUCGUCUCGCCGCGCACCUCGGCGCGGUGGACGGACCACAAUCCUUUCGACGUGCUGCCGUUCCUGCUCUUGGUCUGGAUCUGCGCCGGUGGACGCCCGCUCGAGCCGGCACGACGCGACGGCGGCAUUGUCGAGCGCGCCGCGGCGACGGUGGCGUGGGCCUUGAUGGGCGUGCUCGGAUGGGCGGUGGGGAUACGGUGGUGCUACCUCCUCUACGAGGCCGGGCUGGGCGUGGCGUGGGUCUUGGUCGCGCAAGGCGAGGAGGGCGAGACGCUGGACGGGGUACUGGAGGAAUACCUCGCGACGCUCGACACGUACCUGCGCCUGCGGCAGGAGGCGUCGUCGGCGUUGGUCGGCGGGUUCCUGCACCUGGGUCGGUCCAAGGUCGAGUUGGGACCGAGGCGGGUGGGACGCGACGCGUACGAUGCGAGGCUGAAGAGCGAUCUGCGCGACACGGACAAGGACAACGAGACCGAGGACGACGAGGGCGAGGACGAGGAUGAAAAAAAGAAAUACGGCCUCGACAAGACGACGACGGGGGCGGGGGAGCAAAGCGCCAAGGUCGAGGCGCAGGCGCGACGACGACCUCCGCAUGCCCUCUACCAGUUUUCCGCGCUGCCGCCCCACUCGCUCCGCACGGCCCAGGGGCAGUUUACACGCGCCCUCGACGCGUACCUCGGCAUCGAGGCUACGCCAGAACAACGACAGGAACAAGAGGGACUCGUCCAGGUCGUGCUGCGGCUUGGCCACCUCGAAGCUAGGCGCCAGGCGGUACCCCGCACGACUCUGUGA